ACCACUCCCUCCCUUCAGACACCUUGAUAGAAGGUAGAAAGCCCGUCAAAUUGCCGAGCACCACUUCGUGUAUCCAUUGUUUUGAUUUUCCACCUUGGGAGAAAAUGUCAGUGCGGAUGGACGGUGUUUACCUGCAAGGGGCAACACAGGACAGGAGUGGACGCAGCCGAUCAACCCCAUAUUCGCCACGAUCGAGCCCAUCCUCACUCGUCUUACCCCUGGCCGAUCAUCAACCGCUGAUGAAGUCACCCACCCGAUUAGCGUGCAUGUGGUUCAUGCAGGCCCGAUCCUCUAUACCAAGUCUGGGCGCAUCGACAGCGCCCCCCCAAGACGGGUUGCCGCUCAGACACAGGACGUUUACGGCAUCACCUCAUACGAACAGACACCGCAGACCCAAACUCUCGCUUUGCCGACUCCUCGACCAAGCCAGACUUGUUGCGGAAUCGCUCGCGCACGAUCGGGACGGUUCAAGAAUCGUAACGGUGACAUCUGCCCCGAACCUCCCGAUGCCGGCUGCCGAUUACCGAAUGCGGAGAUGCAGAGGACUUCACCUCCAGCACGCAUUGCCCACGGGUCGACUGCCAAAGUUAAUCGACUCUUCAGCCCGGCGCAAGCUCACCAAGCUUCACGGAUGGGUCCAGUGACCGGAUGCAUCACUGGGUCUCUUCUCACGAAGGUUACUGUUGCUUUCCGAGUGCCCACUGCACUCUCGUCUGUUCCUUCCACGAUGGGGACGAGGACAGAGAAAGAAAAGGACGACACCAGCCCAGGUGGCGGAUGCUGUCACCAUGUUCUCUUCUUACCCUCACUCCCUCUCACCAAUUCAAAAU